AAUAAUAAUAAUAAUAAUGAAUCAUCUAACGAAGAAGCAGCAGCAAUGGAAAAAGCUUUUUCAAACGAGCAAGUUCCAAACUGGAGAGAUCAAAUAACGUGUCGAGCAAUCGUUACGAGUUUAAUACUUUCCGUUGUUUUCAACUUCAUAGUUUGCAAACUCAACCUCACCACAGGCAUUAUCCCUUCACUUAAUGUUGCUGCCGGUUUGCUUGGUUUCGCCAUGUUAAAAUUAUAUACCGCGGUUCUUGAUAAAUUCGGUCUUUUGAAGCAACCCUUUACUCGUCAAGAGAAUACUGUUAUCCAAACUUGUGUCGUCGCUUCUUCUGGAAUCGCGUUUAGCAGUGGCACGGCAAGUUAUUUAUUAGGAAUGAGUAAAGAUGUUGCGGCUCAACUCGAGACUGGAAACGACCCGAAUAAUGUGAAGAAGCUGGCUCCAGGAUGGAUGAUUGGAUAUCUCUUUGCUGUGAGCUUUGUUGGUCUCUUCUCAAUUGUGCCCCUUAAAAGGGUGAUGAUCUUGAAGUCAAAGCUCACUUAUCCAAGUGGAACCGCAACUGCAUACCUUAUAAACAGCUUCCAUACUCCCAAGGGAGCCAAGUUAGCAAAGAAGCAAGUCUCAGUUCUAUUCAAGUCCUUCUCGUUUAGCUUCGUGUGGGCUUUUUUUCAGUGGUUUUCCGCUGCUGGUGAUGGCUGUGGGUUCGCUAGUUUUCCUACCUUUGGUCUUAAAGCUUUUGCACAAAGGUUCUAUUUUGACUUCUCAGCAACUUAUGUUGGUGUUGGGUUGAUUUGCCCUUAUAUGGUUAACAUUUCAUUACUUAUCGGGGCAAUUAUGUCUUGGGGAAUAAUGUGGCCACUCAUUGAAGCCAAGAAAGGAAAAUGGUACUCAGCUGAUUUAUCCGCAAGCAGUCUUCAUGGCAUUCAAGGAUAUAGGGUAUUUAUUGCUGUUGCAACCAUGCUUGGAGACGGAUUGUUUCAAGUUUUAUACAUGGCGAUCGUGAUGUCGAUUAGCUUUUAUAAAAAGAGGUCAAAGAAGUCCGGGUCUUCAUCUCUUGAAAAAGAUGAGCCAGUUAGUUUUGAUGAACAAAAACGGAACGAGUAUUUCAAUAAAGAUCAAAUCCCAAAGUUAGCAGCCGUUGUAGGGUACCUGGUCUUGGCAGCAAUAUCAACAAUAGUAGUUCCUCUUUUCAUUUUCCCACAAUUAAAAUGGUACCAUAUGAUAGUCGCCUACAUCAUUGCCCCUAUCCUUGCAUUUUGCAACGCGUAUGGUUGUGGUCUAACCGACUGGUCACUAGCUUCCAACUAUGGAAAGUUAGCCAUCUUGAUAUUCAGCGCAUGGGCUGGGACACAAAAUGGCGGAAUCGUUGCAGGUCUUGCAGCAUGUGGUGUGAUGAUGAAUAUUGUUUCUACAGCUUCUGACUUAAUGCAAGAUUUCAAAACCGGCUACCUUACACUCUCAUCUCCUCGUUCCAUGUUCCUUAGCCAAGUUAUUGGAACGGCAAUUGGAUGCAUUAUGUCACCUUUAGUAUUUUGGGUCUUUUACCGUGCAUAUUCAGUAGGUGAUCCACAUGGAUCUUACCCAGCCCCGUAUGGUGCUCUUUAUCGUGGAAUAGCAGUUCUUGGAUCUGAAGGACUCGGUUCCCUUCCACAUAAUUGUCUAAAACUGUCAAUUGGAUUUUUCUUUGGAGCCAUUCUUUUAAAUCUCUUAACUUUACUAUUGAAGCUGUAUGAAACCAAGUACAGAUUAUACAGGUUUGUUCCCAGUCCAAUGUGUAUGGCUAUCCCAUUCUACCUUGGUGCUUAUUUUGCAAUCGAUAUGUGUAUCGGGAGUUUGAUUCUAUUCAUAUGGGAGAAGAAGAACAAGAAGGCAGCAAAGGAACUAGCACCAGCUGUGGCAUCAGGUAUGAUUUGUGGUGACUCGCUGUGGGGAGUGCCAGCAGCUAUUUUGUCCAUGGUUGGUGUGAAGGCUCCAAUGUGCAUGAAGUUUCUUUCUGCUUCAGUUAACAAAAAAGUAGAUGGCUUCUUGGGUAAUUGA